AUCUACGAAUUUAAUACAGAGACUGACAGCUGGGACAUUUAUUGUGAGAGGUUAGACUUGUACUUUACGGCUAGAGGUGUUGAUGACGAGGAUGAUGUGAUGAAACGGGCUAUUCUGCUUAGUGAAAUGGGUAAGACAGCCUACACACUUCUCCGGAAUUUGUGCGCUCCUACGAAACCUAAGGAAAUGAGGUUUGCUGAGAUAGUGAAAGUCAUGCGCGAUCAUCAACACCCAACACCGUCAGUGAUAGUUGAAAGACUUAAAUUUCACAAGAGGGAUAGAAAGUCUCAAGAGAGUGUUGCAGCGUAUGCUUCCGAGUUGCGCAAAUUGGCAAGUACAUGUGACUUUGGUACUACUCUUGAUGAUUCACUUAGAGACAGACUAGUUUGUGGCAUUAAUAAUGAUGCAAUACAGAGGAGAUUAUUAGCAGAGAAAGCUCUGGAUUACAAUAAGGCUUAUACACUAGCACAGUCAAUGGAAUUGGCAGCAAAGAAUGUAGAAGAUAUUAAAGUUGGUGCUUCAAGUGUUUCAGCAGCUACAGGGGGUAACAUGCACAAGAUGUCAUCAUCUCAACAUGCUCCUGUCUACCCGCCAUGAGACAGAUGUGGUUUACGAAAUCACAAAUCUCCGGACUGUCAUUUUCGUACCUCAAAGUGUUACAAUUGUGGUAAGAUUGGCCACAUUGGGAAGGUAUGUCAUCAGUCACAGAAUAGUAAAGGUUCUCGUUGUGGACGUGGCUCGUAUCGAUCUAGAGGUCAAGGUAGAAGUCGGGGUCAGCACAAGCGUUCAGCAACAAAUCAGGUCACUCCUGAUAACUAUGAUGAUGUUGAAAGUGAAAUAUAUGACAUUUACAAGAUGGAGACUAGCUCUACACCUUUUGUUGGGAGGAGAGAGAAGGAACCACCAAUGUUUAUUGAUUUAGCACUUAAUGGUCAGCCAUUAAGCAUGGAGCUGGAUACAGGUGCAACAUUUUCAGUGAUUAAUGAGGACACUUACAGAUCGUUAGGGAAAGAUCCACCCAAACUAGGACCUCCUCAUACCUUGUUACGUACUUACCUAGGUGAGAAGAUACCUCUGCUUGGUUCAUGCUCAGUGAAAGUGAACUACGGCAAACAGUCAGCAGAACUGCCAGUGAUUGUAGUGAAAGGGAGAAGAGCUAAUCUCUUUGGUCGCGACUGGCUGCGACAUGUUCGUCUAGACUGGGGAACAAUUCUCAGAGUAGAUUGUGAUGACGUGCAAAGUAUCCUUAACGCACAUUCCGAUGUCUUCAAGGAGGAACUUGGUAAGUUGAAAGAUACAAAAGUGAAGAUUAACAUAUCUAUUCCUUCACAACCACGCUUCUACAAGCACAGGAACAUGGCCUAUGCCUUGAGGGACAAGGUUGAGAAUGAACUUGAACGAUUAGAGCAGCAGGGUGUCAUAAAACCAGUGCAGUACUCAGAGUGGGCAGCACCCAUCGUACCAGUGUUGAAGUCGGAUCAGUCUUCAGUGCGCAUAUGUGGAGAUUACAAACUAACAGUCAACCAGGUUGCUAAACCAGAUUGUUACCCAAUACCCAGGAUUGAGGACUUAUUUGCAUCACUCUCAGGUGGUCGCAAGUUUACGAAAUUGGACAUGAGUAAUGCCUACCAGCAGAUAGUGUUGGACGAUGAUUCCAAGAAACUCACCACAAUUAACACCCAUAAAGGUCUAUACGAGUACCAACGAUUACCUUUUGGGGUGUCGGCAGCUCCUGCUAUCUUCCAGCGGACAAUUGAAUGUCUUCUCAGCGACUUGCCACAUGUGUGCGUCUACCUCGAUGAUAUUCUCGUCACAGGUGUUGAUGAUGCAGAACACAACAAGAAUCUGAAUGAAGUCCUUGACAGAUUGCAGAAAGCAGGUUUGCGUCUAAACGCUUCAAAGUGUCACAUCAAGAAAGACUCAGUCACUUACCUGGGACACCGGAUUGACGCACAGGGACUGCAUCCAUUAGAGGAGAAGGUAAACACUAUUGUGUCCGCACCAGCUCCUCAGAAUGUGACAGAGUUAAAGUCAUUCCUUGGGAUGGUACAGUACUACCAGAGAUUCCUGCCAAAUCUCUCCACGACGUUAGUGCCACUACAUGGGUUACUACAAAAGGACGCUCCAUGGUCAUGGACCAAGAAGCAUGAUACAGUAUUUCUAAAGGUGAAAUCUCACUUGUCUUCGUGUAAGGUCUUGACUCACUACAAUCCAGACCUUCCUCUCAACUUAGCAGCUGAUGCUUCUCCAUAUGGAGUAGGUGCCGUCCUGUCACACAUCAUGCCAGAUGGUACUGAGAAGCCUGUGGCGUUUGCGUCACGUUCCUUGUCACCUGCAGAAAAGAACUAUUCACAGCUUGAUAAAGAAGCACUGGCAAUAGUGUUUGGCAUAAAGAAAUUCCACCAGUAUUUGUUCGGACGGAAAUUUCAGCUGUUAUCAGAUCACAAACCCCUCAUGGGUCUACUUGAUGCAGAGAAAGGCAUUCCAGUGAUGGCGUCAGCCAGACUCCAGAGAUGGGCCUUGAUGCUGGCAGCGUAUGAUUACAGUAUUGUGUAUAAACCAGGCUCAAAGUUGGCAAACGCAGAUUGUUUGAGCAGAUUGCCUCUGCAAACCUCUGUGUCUGUGCCGCCUGUUCCAGGAGACACAAUAAUGCUCCUCGAGAACAUGGCAGAAUUCCCAGUGAAUGUGCGACAAAUUCAGUUUUGGACAAGGAAGGAUCCCUUGUUAGCUAGAGUGAAGAAGUUAGUGGAAUGUGGUUUUCCAGAAAACCUGAAGCCAGAUACAGAGCUAAAGCCGUAUAUUCAGAAGAAAACUGAGCUAAGUGUUAAGGAUGGUGUGAUUCUGUGGGGUAACAGAGUAGUGGUUCCACCUCAGGGUAGGAAACAGUGUGUAGAUGUGUUGCAUGAAGCUCACCCUGGAAUAGCGAGGAUGAAAGCUAUUGCCAGAGGUCUUGUAUGGUGGCCGUGCAUUGAUUCAGAGCUGGAGAACAAGGUCAGGACUUGUUCCAUAUGUCAGGAGAGUCGUUCUUCACCCUGCGAAGCAAAGUUACAUCCAUGGGACUGGCCGUCCAAACCAUGGUCACGUCUGCACAUUGAUUAUGCAGGUCCCUUACAAGGUCAAAUGUUCCUCAUCAUCGUAGACUCUCACUCUAAGUGGAUGGAUGUUUUCCCUGUCAACAGUGCAACUACAAGUGCCACUCUUGAGUGUCUUCGGAGAACAUUUUCCAUUCAUGGUCUACCUGAGACAAUAGUGUCUGAUAAUGGGACAUGUUUCACAAGUGAUGAAUUUGCUAUAUUCAUCAAGAGAAAUGGUAUUCAACACAUCUGUACAUCCCCUUACCAUCCAGCGUCCAAUGGACUGGCAGAGAGGAGUGUCCAGACGUUCAAACAGGGAUUUAAGAAGCUCAGUGGCGGUUCCAUCAACACCAGGGUGUCAAGAUUCCUGUUCAGGUAUCGUAACACUCCGCAGACUACGACAGGGUCAUCUCCAGCGCAGUUACUAUUGGGAAGACGUCCACGUUCCCAUCUUGACUUGCUUCACCCUGACAUCGGUGUUAAAGUUCAACAUAAACAAGAGAAGCAGGCAAACUACCACAAUAGACAUACAAAGUCACGGGAGUUCGCUGUCGGUGAUCUUGUUUACGUCAGGAACUUUCUUGGUAAGCCUAAAUGGUUACCAGGGGAGAUAAUCCAGUGUACAGGUCCUAUCUCCUUCAAAGUCAGCUUGGAAAAUAACAAAAUUGCGAGGCGACAUGUAGAUCACCUCAUCAAGCGUUAUGUGGACCCCGAUGCUGUGAAACCAGAAUCCCCAGAAUUGUUGGAAGAAAGUGAAGUGUCGAAGUCUGUCAUCACUUUCUCACUAGAGCUCCCAGAGCCUAGUUCUGUACCAGUAUCACCCGCAGACACGCCAUUUCCGCGUACCAGGUUACCUUCAUGUGACACUAGUCCAGAACUGUCCUCAUCUGUUGAGUUGAGAAGAUCAAAUCGUGAGCGUCGAGCUCCAGAUAGACUAAAUCUGUAAACUACUGUAUUUCAUUGUUAAGUGUUUUGGGUUUUUUUCAGAUUGAACUUUAAGGUGCUUGCUCAAUUCAUUUAUUUCAGAAACCAAGUGAAUGAACAUUAAGUUUGUGAAUUUCAGUGUUCAAGAAUACUUCAGUGAACUUUAUGGGAAAAUUUCCAUUGAACCUCUGGAGUUGAUCACUAUUUCUUUCUCAGUGACUGAUGAGUUAGUAACAUUGUUCACUUAUUGCUUAAACAACAAGUUGUUAACUAAAGGGGGAGGAAUGAAGCGUUUUAGUAUCAUAUAACCAGUCACUCGCUUUAUCCAUACGAUGUCUCUAUAUAAAUGAGUGCGCACGUGUAACAGGGCCGGAAGUGUGUGUUGUGCGCUAGCAGACCACAUGGCUGCCAACUACACUUGACUGAGUGUAUUGACAUGUAAUGAGAGAAUACAACCUUUCCCCGGAAAGCCGAGUGUUUGUUGUAGCUGCCAAAGUCAUCACAGCUUGGUACACCUACCACAAAAUGUUUUCGGCGAAAGCAGCAGCAAGUAUUCAACCAUUCAAUGAACCUUUGGAUUGGGGAACACUAGACGGAGAAAUCUACCGCAAGGUGUUUACAGCCAGGAAAACCAAACAAUGCAACUUGUGUACAGGCAUUGAUCACCAGGCUGAAUUUUGCCCAUGGAACACUGAUUCUCGUCAGAAUGGUAUCUCAUCCCAGGCCUCCCGCAGUGCAGGUAGACAUUAUGUAAAUUCCCAAACUCAUGACAUCAGAGGCCGUCUGAUCGUACACCACCAAGGACAGAAGCUUUGCAACAACUA